GCUCCUCAGGGAAACAGAAAUCUGUACGGAGACAGAAAGUCCUGACUCCAGCGAUCCAUCGCUUUCUCCUCUGAUUGGCCGCUGCUGGAAGAGCGGUGUCUCGCUAUGCGCUCUGAUUGGUUGAUCGUUGCAGUGGGCUGUUCCAGCGCUCUCUCAUUCUGCUCUCUAAUUGGUCGAUGUGGUUGUGGGCUGGGUCAGCGGUGUCAUUACAGACCUCCACAACCAACGGAGAGACAAUAGAGGAACAGCAGAGGAUCUGACAGACGCACAACUGCUGUGUGCACAGGAAUCAAUAGCAUUUCAUCAAAAUAACAGACUGGACAGAUAAAAUUGUUGAUGAUGUCCGAUUAAUUCACUUUAAUAAGCACGACGGAAUGACAGUCAGGAAUCGCGCAUCAUUUCUCCAUUGAAAGACUUGUUACUCAUCUCCAUUGUUGUGUCUCUCUGGAACGAUGAGCUCCUCGCCGCUCGUGUCCCGUUCCUCCAAUGACAUCCUGGAGGAGCUGCAGCUCAUCACCGCCAAAAACCUGGAGAAGCUAGACUUCAAUAAGUACUAUGAGGUCAUCCGGGAGCUCGGUAAAGGCACCUACGGCAAAGUGGACCUCGUCGUCCACAAGAUCAGAGGCACAAAAAUGGCUCUGAAGUUCUUGAGGAAGAAAACCACCAAGCUGAAGAGUUUCCUGCGCGAGUACAGCAUCUCUCUCUACCUGUCACCCUGCCAUUUCAUCAUCAACAUGUACGGCAUCGCCUUCGAGACUGACGAAUACUACAUUUUCGCUCAGGAGUACGCGCUAGCUGGAGAUCUCUUUGACAUCAUUCCUCCCCAGGUGGGAUUGCCGGAGAACGUUGCCAAGCGCUGCGUACACCAGGUGGCUAUUGCACUGGAUUACCUGCAUUGCAAGAAGCUGGUGCAUCGUGACAUAAAGCCAGAGAACGUCCUGAUCUUUGAUAAGGAGUGCCGGAAGGUGAAGCUGUCAGACUUUGGGAUGACAAGGCGCGCUGGUUCUCCAGUUAAGCGAGUUAGCGGGACCAUCCCAUACACGGCACCAGAACUCUGUGACCCAGGCCGGCAGGAAGGUUUGUGUGUGGACUACAGCACUGAUGUGUGGGCAUUUGGCGUGCUUCUGUUCUGCAUGCUCACCGGGAAUUUCCCCUGGGAGAAAGCGCUGCCCUCUGAUGCUUUCUACGAGGAGUUUGUGCGCUGGCAGCAGCGGAGGCGGCGCAGCAGUUCGGUGCCCUCACAGUGGCGUCGCUUCACUGAAGAGGCGCUUUGUAUGUUUCGAUGCCUGCUGUCCAUCGAGCAGGACCGCCGGUGCUCCGUCAAAGAGGUCUUCAGCUACUUCAACCACUGCUGGAUGCUUGAUACUGAGAACGGCAACACCACUCAUAUCUCAAGCAGUAAUGGCAACAGUGGCACGGUGAUGAACGGCCGCCAAGCUGAGCUCAGCUCUUCUUCCUCUGAAGAAGAUGAUCUGGUGGACCGCUUGAACAAACAGAGCUUGUCGCCUGUAUGCGGGGUGGCUAAAGGAGGCAUCAUCAUGGAGCCAAUGACCACACACUACUCCUCAACAUCCACAAACAGCCCUGCUUCCUCCACCGGCGGUUAUGAGCGUGUGUCCCGUGACAAUAACGGCAACAGUGGGCGCAUUCUAGUCACGACACCAAUUGAAAUAUGCGUGUAGAGACGUCGCUGACUUUAAUCUUGCAUAUACACUUGGGAUGACCAGUAGGAGUCAAGUCCUCAUGAAGCAAACGCAUAGAGGGAAAAGGCAGUAGCUGGUGCACAAGAUCAUCUCAAGAAGAGCCUCUGCUUGAACGUUUUCCUGAUGACGAGUAACUCUGAGGGAAUGUGUAAGACAAUCGCCAAAGUCUGCCGAUUGUGUCUCAACCACGUUUUCCACGUAUAUUAAGACCAAAAUGAAAGAUUUGUACUCUUUAGAAGAAAGCAGAACGAGAAACUAUGAAGCAAUAUGUCGAAGUGAAGAGAUUUUAAAAAACAUUUCACGUGGAGACUGGCGGUUUCUGAAGCACAGUGAGAAACGUGUUGGUAUUGUUUUGUGCUUGUGUGUAUCCCUGUGGUCAGUGGAUAUUGGACUUUGGAAGCUUAUUGGUUACUUGAUAAAUGUUGUACUAUUCAUUUUUGGUCUUUACCUUUUUUGUUAUUUAUUUAAUAUUGUAGCAUUACAAUGUUUUAUUCUAAUUUGCAGAGAAACUGUACUGUCAAAUCUCCGAUUGCUCACCAUUACACCCCCAAAACUGGCAAGAAAGUCACUUGGGGCCAUUUACACAACACAAUCGUCUACUAAAAACUGAAUAUUCUCCAGAAAAAUUGAUCUGGAGGUUCAUUUACAUGACAAUUACACUUUAGCGGGCCUGAACAUGUGUUCAUUGUUGUCAAGCAAACAUAGGCCACUCUAAAUUUCAGAAGACUGUUGGAUAAGUUUGAAUGGUAAAUGUAAAAACUCUCCAGUAUCGAUGCAGUCCACAUAAAUGAGUAAGUCCUCCAUGUGUAGGAGUGCAGUACUUGGCCUGCGCUACCUUAGUACUGAACAACUGGACAAAUCUUGCUUUCACAAACAGUUCUUUACAUGGCUGUGGUUGUACCAUUAAAGAAAAGAGCGAUUCAGACAUACUGGCUCCCAGAAGCACAGUUCAAAAUCCAUUCAGCCACUGUGUAUUGAUAUGUUCAUACAGUAAAGUGCAAUGCCACAUAUUGAUGUACAUUUCCUCUUUUAGCAUUCUAUCCGAGCAUCAUGCAUGGAGACCUAAGAGCACAUGUAUGUCAUUUAGACAUCUUUUUGACGUCCUCUAGAAGAUCAGUAAGUUUAGGAGCCUUUGCAAUGUUAUGAAGACAUCCUGGCAGAGAUUAUAAUAGCAUUUCUUUAUAUACGAAUUGGCCUAUUUUAUGAUAUUUAUCAUAAGUCUGUACAUGAAACAUGAUUCUUAGAGAAUGUUAAUAUUUCCAGAUGAUGUCCUCUAUAAUAGAUGUCUUGAUGAUGUAUAUGUGCUUACUGAGUGAUGUUUGAGGAUUUCUCAGGUAUACCAUUCACUGUGUUACAAUGAAAAUCAAUGUGAAAUCCACACUACCCAUUUCUUUUUUAAAUACACAUUCCUGGUUUUAAUGUGCACAUUAUAUGAAGAUGAAGUUGGUUAUCUUUACAGAAUGUUCACCAACAUUUCUGCUUCUAAUAUUAAAUUGAUCAUAAAAAUCCCACUCAAUUCCCAGCAGGCACAGAAUGUCAACAUGACGUCAGAUUGACGCUGUACCCCAAUGUCGUUGCGUUUUGUUUGGAAAUGAAAAUCGGGUUGACAUCAGAACCCAACGUCAGGCUGACAUCAUUGUCCACGUCCAACCUAAAAUCAACCAAAUAUCAAUGUCUAAUGAUGUUACAGCUUGAUGUUGUGUAGACAUUACCACUAUGACAUCUAUCAGACGUUGGAUUUUGGUUGUCAUACCUGACGAAAAAAUGUCAGUAUUUGACGUCAAUAUGAUGUUGGUUUAAGAUGU